AUCCUCAUGUUUUUAAAAUAACUAUUUUUUUAAAAUGGGGGUUGCUUGGAACAACUAUUGUCCAAGCCUUUGUCGCUCUAAUUAGCUCUUGAUAACACUGUUUGGAUUUUGUGAGGAGUAAUGGCGCAGCCAAGCCAAGCCUGGUUGUCACCUUGUAUGUUUGUGCUGAGUGCGGCUGUUUGUGCAAUCCUCUUGGCUCUCUCUCCCCGUGCCUAUGCACAGUGUUGGUUGGUUGGCAGGCAGGCGGGCAGGCAGCGCAGCCGAUGCCAACACAGCUGCCUAUUGAGAGGCAGCGUUAUGGACACAAUGUGAGCGACAGACUUGCUGCAUCAACAGCUCCCCCUUUUCUGCUGUUGUGGCCAGAAAUAAACCAUAAAUACCCCCCUGUCCCUGCCUUCUAAUGGCUCAACCGCACCAAACACCAAGUGGCUUUGAAAAGAGGGACAGCGCCACUUCUUGCAGGCAGACGCAGGAGCGAUUGGAAGAAUGUCAGAACCGCAGAGUGCCCCAGAGCAGCUGGCUGCAGGGAAGAGCCAGGGUGGAGCUGGAGCCACAUACAAGGUGGUGCUGUUUGAAUUUGAGAACUUCCAGGGAAGCAAGGCUGAGUUCUCAGCAGAGUGUAAAGAUGUACUAGAGAAGGGCCUCCAGAAGGUUGGCUCGGUGAUCGUUGAAUCCGGGCCAUGGGUUGGUUAUGAUCGGCACGGUUUCACGGGGGAACAGUUUAUUCUGGAGAAAGGCCAGUACCCUCGCUGGGACACGUGGACCAACAGUCAGAACAGCUACUCCCUUUUGUCUCUAAGGCCACUCAAAGUGGAUAGUGCUGACCACAAGCUACACUUGUUUGAGAACCCUGGAUUUACCGGGAGAAAGAUGGAGAUUAUUGACGAUGACGUCCCCAGUUUGUGGGGCCACGGUUUUCAGGAUCGCGUAGCAAGUGUCAAAGCUCUCAAUGGAACAUGGGUCGGCUACAUGUACCCAGGCUACAGGGGACGCCAGUUCAUCUUUGAACUGGGAGAUUUCAAGCACUGGAAUGACUGGGAGGCCCCUGUGCCCCAGAUCCAGUCUGUCCGACGUGUGCGGGACAUGCAGUGGCACAAGAGGGGCUGCUUCUCUGCUCCGGACCCGGCUCCUGCUCCUGCUCCUGCUCCGGCUCCUGCUCCUGCUCCUGCUCCGGCUCCUGCUCCUGCUCCGGCUCCUGCUCCAGCCCCCGCUCCGGACCCAGAUCCUGCUCCGGCACCACCUGUCCCUUCUACCAAAGGUGGGGCCAGCUGAGCGGGAUCCCAACCUGCAUCUCCACCUCCCGAAGCCUCUCCCAAGCUCCACACCGAGCCCGGUCUCUGCCUUCACUAACCUUGCCGAAUGCUGCUUGUCUCCACAGAGGAGUGCCAUAAAUGUUUCUGUGGCCAAUAAAGGUUAUUUGACUUGGAAUUGCUUGUUGUCAAUAAUGCUCUUGUAAUUAGCCUAAAUGUACUGUAGGUGACAUGUUAAACAUUGUAGAAAAGUAACUAGAAGGGAAACAUCUUACUGUAUGUGAAAUCAUUCCAGUCUUCCACUUUUUCGUAGCAUGAAGAGGCCACAAUGUGUUCUGUUAAUGUGUAAUUAGGAUCUCGUCAACAGCAUGGAAACUAUAUCAAACUAUGUAAGCUUGCUAUUAAAACGUAGUGCACCACA